AUGUGGCUUAUUUCUUUAGAAGUUUAGAGCAUGAAGUGUUCUGAAUGACGAAGAUUUUUCCGUAUCUCGGUUACUCGAAGAUUUGCGAAGAUGGCUGACGAUUCAAGAUCUGAAGUGUCCGACGCAGUCAGGUUUUUUGAUGAAGAUGGUUGCCAAGUCUUAGAUCAUCGUUCGAACUGUGACCUUUGCUGUAAGAAAGACAUCUGUUCUCAGUUCCUGCUGAAGCCAUCAACCAUUGAAAUCCUCGAACGGAGUAAUUUACUUAAGACGAGUCCGGCAUUUUUGUGUCAAGAAUGCUCCUUUAUCGUCGUAAAAUGCGAGCGUAUUGUUGUCGAGUUGCAGGAACAGCUGAACGACCUUCGCAUUCGUAAAACCACGUUUGCGAUAGAAAAAUUAAUCGAAGAAACCGUAGAUUUUGAUGAUGAUCCCGUGUCCCUUGUUGAGGAAGAAACGGAGUUGACUGAAGAAUCUUUUCCCGUUGAGGUGAAGGAAGAAAAACUGCCGGAAGAGUUCGCGAAGGAAACCGUUAGUGUUAAAUCGCAGUUACCUCUGGUUUUGGUCAAGCCUCUGAAAGUUGAAGAUGUGAAAAAUCUUACAUCCUCGUGCACCAUUUCAACUAGAAGUUCAACGAGAUUGCAAGCUGCGGCGGACGAAGAUGGAGAAUACCCUGGGAAGAAAUUCUGUUGUCCCCAUUGUGACUUUCGGUGUUGGAGACCGAAUCGCUUACGAAGCCAUAUUAUGUUACGUCAUGAAGGUCAGAAGCCAUUCCCGUGCGAUAUGUGUGAGCUGGAGUUUGGAAACCGAGAGUCUCGAAUAAUCCACAAGUUCAGAGACCAUUUGAAGAAGUUCCAGUUCGAUUGUCACCAUUGCGACAAGGGAUUCUACACGAAGAAGAAUUUCAUGAAGCAUUUAGCUGAGGAGAAUCUGACUUUCGAGGAUUAUGUAGCGACGAAAGGAAAAGAGGAGGAGCCCAAAGAAAAACCGAAGGCCCCGGCGAAACUAAAAUGUCCGCAAUGCGAUUUCACGGCCGAACGUCCAAACCGCAUAAAUGCGCACAUUUUAGUUCGCCACGAAGGAAAAAGGCCCUUCAAGUGUGACACGUGCGAUGCCACUUUCAUUUCUGCACUGACCCGCACUGUGCACAAGUACAAAGUGCACUUGAAGGCAUAUCCAUACCAGUGUCAUCAUUGCGAAAAGGGCUUCUACACGAAAAUAACCUUGAAGAAGCACUUGGAUCGAGUGAACGGGACCCUGCGGGAAGUGAUUUGCCAAUUUUGCGGGGAAAAGUUUCUGGGUGACAAGAUAUACAAUCAUGUGAACAGAGUGCACAAGAACGUGAAAAAGGUGUAUACGUGUGAAGAGUGUCCGGGAACUGUGUAUCGGGACUGGUUGGCGUUCCACAACCACAAUGCGUCAGUGCACAACAAGGGCGAGGUCAGGGCCAAGGCACCGGUUCGACCCCGUGUUUGCGAACAUUGCAACCGAUCUUACGUGACCAAGUCGCUUUACUUCGCCCACUUGUGGAAGAAACACAAGAUUCGAGACGAAGAGUUGAAAGUUAUGCAGUGUCCGUAUUGUGACAAAGCUUACUACAGAACGACUCAGUACAGACUUCACCUUGCGUCUCACACGGAUACCGAAAGACACCAGUGUGACAAAUGCGACUUCGCGGUGUAUCACAAGAAGAAGCUGAUAAGUCACAUGAUCAGGCACUUGAAUCUCAUUUCUGCUCGGGCUGUAUGUGAAAUGUUCUUUGGAUGGAAUGCCAGUGACGAAGUGGAAGAUGACCCCGAUCUCCGGGAACAGAUAUUUCAUGAUCGGGUCAGAGACCACAUUAUUUUCUUUUUACUCUUCAUUUGCCUGUACGCCGGCAGCUAUGCAAUCGUGUGCAGAUUUAAACGAAGAGACCGGGACGAGUAUUUGUCCGGGGACUCUGAAGAUGAAACAGUGUAUCGCACGGCAAUUUGGCUGUGCACAUUCAGCUUGGCGACGUCGCUCACGGCCGCAUUCCUUCUCCCGUUGUCCAUUGUGAGCAACGAGAUACUUUUCCUUUACCCGCAGAACUAUUAUGUGAAAUGGCUCAACAGCGAUCUCAUCCACGGUCUGUGGAACAUCGUCUUUUUGAUGUCCAACGCGUGCUUGUUUGUGUUUCUCCCGUUUGCCUACUUGUUCACAGAGGCGGAAGGUUUUUAUGGCUGGAAGAAAAGAGGAUUGUGGGCCAAGGCUUACGAAACGCUUGUGGUCUUGUUUUUGAUGGCGAUCCUAGUGUUCGGCAUGACGUUUCUCAUCUCGUUACUCUUGGACAGAGACGAAGGCUCUUGGCGGAAACUUUUCAAUGUGUGGUCGUUUUACUUGCCAUUCCUCUACUCGUGCGUCUCAUUCUUUGGCGUUGUGUGUCUAAUGGUGUGCACACCACUCGGCAUCACAAGACUGUUCAGCGUUGUCGGCACAGUUCUCGUGCGGCCGCAGUUUCUGGGAAACGCUGAGGAGGAGUUCUUUGCUGCCAGCUUUGAGCGUGACGCUUUGGAGAGGAAGCUGAGGGUCGAGAAAUCUCGCCAGGGAUUCGGGUUCGGAAUCUCGGGUUCUGAUGUGAGAAUGAGGAGAGGAACGCAGUUUUCUGGCUGCCCUGAUUCCACGAUCCCUGGGAAUUCUGAGUUUGAAUUGCGGAUCAAAGAGGCCGCGAAACUUGCCGAUGACUUGGAUCGAAAAAGAAGAGCAUCUCGUUGGCAAAGGAACGUGGGCUACCCACUUGCGAUGCUGCUUUUACUCUUCUUGACGGGAAUCACGGCAUUGAUGGUGAUCAACAACACGUUGAUGUUGUUGAUUGGCAUGAAAGCGCUGCCGCAGGGUUCUGAGCAGCUGACGUUAGGAAUAACGUCGUUGUCGGCAUUGGGGCCCCUGGGGGCGGGCUUGGAAGUUGUGGUGAUUUUGUAUCUCAUCGUCACUUCAAUCAUUGGCCUGUACACGCUUCCGGUUCUUGAGAAUCUAAGACCCCGUAAGGGCAUGACGCCGAUGACACACAUCAUCUCAAAUUGUGCCGUCGUGGUGGUAUUGAGUUCCGCGAUUCCUCUACUGGCCCGAACUGUGGGUAUCACCGAUUUUGAUCUGCUGGGCAAUUUCGGGAAAAUGGAGUGGCUUGGGAAUUUCAAAGUCAUCCUCUGCUACAAUGUGUUCUUUGCAACGGCGACGAUCGUUUGCCUCAUCAACCACUUCACUGCCCCUGUUCGUCGAGAGCUGAUUCUUCGCCUCGAAAUGACCCGGGACGCGUUUCUCAGUUCAAUGAAAAUCACCGGUCAGUGGCUGACCUCUCAGGCCGGUGGUUUCAGCCACGAAAUGACGGAAGACACAGCGAGGGAACGAAGUCGAACCAAUUCCGGAGACAGUUGAGGCCCUUGAGGGGGGAGCACGUUUAUUUUUAUUUUUUGUGUUUUAAUUCAAGCUUCACGCCUGGUAUUCCUUUAUGAAAGUACUGAUCGCGCUU